UUCCACGCCACCGCACGAUCUCUUGCGACCAAGGAUCCGUAUGCAGCACUUGGAAUCAGCAAAUCUGCCUCUGCAGGCGAGAUCAAGAAGGCUUACUAUGGUCUGGCGAAGAAGUACCAUCCAGAUACGAACAAGGAUCCCACAGCAAAGGAGAAAUUCGCAGACGCGCAAAGCGCAUACGAGAUUCUGAGCGACUCAAAGAAGAAGGAAAUGUACGAUCAAUACGGAGCAGCUGCGUUCGAUCAAGGUGCUGGAGGUCCAGGAGGAGCCGGACCAGGUGGACCAUUCGGAGGUGGAAAUCCAUUCGGCGGAGGAGGAUUUGGAGGCUUCGGAGGAGGAGCGAGUGGAGGAGGUGGAUUUGGAGCGGACUUCAAUUUCGAGGACUUGUUCUCUGCGUUCGGUGGCUCAGGGGCAAGGAGAGGGAGAAGAGGCGGGCCGUUUCAAGAGGAGGUCAUGGUUGGUGAGAACAUCGAAGUGCAGACGAACAUCAGCUUCAUGGACGCUGCGAAGGGUGUGGAGAAGGAGAUCACAAUCACGCCUCUGGUGCAAUGCAAGACAUGUACAGGCAACGGCUUAAAAAAGGGCAUGAGCCGCAGUGCGUGCAAGACUUGUGACGGAACUGGACAGAGGGUGCAUUUCAUGCAGGGUGGAUUCCAAAUGGCGAGCACUUGCGGCUCAUGUGGAGGCACGGGAGUUACGAUUCCUCGUGGAGGAGAGUGCGGAACAUGUCGAGGCGAAGGCGCUGUGCGGGAGAAGAAGACCGUAACCGUGGACAUCCCCGGAGGGGUAGAGGACGGUAUGCGAUUACGAGUGAUGGGCGAAGGAGACUACCCUCCGACCGGACAGGCCGCGAACGCCAGUGCAAGGAGUCAGAAGGGAGACCUAUACGUCUUCAUUCGUGUGGCACCCGACUCGAAGUUCUCCCGCUCUGGAUCCGAUGUGCUGUAUACUGCCAGCAUACCCCUGACCACCGCCGUAUUGGGAGGAGAGAUCAAAAUCCCCACCCUUGACGGCGAUGUCAAAGUCAAGGUCGCCACAGGAACCGGGACAGGAGACAAGAUCACAAUGCCAGGUAUGGGCAUGAAGAGACUCGGCGCGCGGCGAGGCCAACAAGGAGACUUGAAGGUGGAGUUCAAGGUACAAAUGCCAAAGUAUCUAUCCGUCAAUCAACGGACGAUCGUGGAGAUGUUAGCGGACGAGAUGGACGACAAGAGCGCGAAGAGAAUCAUGAACUUGAAUAAUCUGAAACAUGCACCGAAGGCAUCGACCACGGACAAAGGAACUCCGGACGAUCAUAAGAAUGAAGGUCUGUUGAAGAACCUGUGGCAUUCAGUCACAGGGCAGCAUGAUCACUUGGACAAGGCCGAGGAGGGUAAGAAAGCUGAGGAUGGC